CUUGAAAUUUGUACCCUUUUAAGAAUUAAAUCACUGAAAUCCCAUUUAGAUUUGUCCAAAAAAAAAAAAAAAACUUCAAAUCAUUGUCUGAUUUUUGUAUUAGGGUACAACCCAGAAGAGUUGUUGAUUAGAUAAAAAAAAUGGUGGAAUUAAAGUUUCUUGGAAUGGACUUUGGUUGUGCACUUGGAUCUCUCAGUAAUGGUCAAUUCCCAGAAAAAGAUUGUUUGCUUCCCUUAAUUUCCAAGCUUCUUGGUUAUGCAAUUGUUGCUGCCUCCACCACUGUUAAACUUCCUCAGAUACUUAAAAUUUUGCAACACAAAAGUGUUAGAGGGCUUAGUGUUGUGGCCUUUGAACUCGAACUACUUGGUUAUACCAUUGCUUUGGCAUAUUGUCUUCACAAAGGGCUCCCGUUUUCAGCUUUUGGCGAGUACCUUUUUCUUUUGAUCCAAGCUAUAAUUUUGGUUGCAAUUAUCUACUAUUUUUCUCAACCUUUGGGAAUGAAGACAUGGAUGAAAGGCUUAUUAUAUUGUGCUGUAGCCCCAACUAUUUUGGCAGGUCAAAUUGAUCCCGUUCUUUUCGAGGCCUUAUAUGCUUCCCAACAUGCAAUCUUUCUUUGUGCAAGGAUUCCGCAGAUAUGGAAGAACUUUAAGAGCAAAAGUACUGGUGAACUGAGCUUUUUGACCUUCUUUAUGAACUUCGCCGGUUCUAUGGUUAGAGUUUUUACCAGCCUCCAGGAAAAAGCUCCCAUGAGUGUUGCCUUGGGAUCUGUGAUCGGUGUACUGAUGAAUGGUACCAUCUUGAGUCAAAUUAUCAUAUACCAAAAGCCAACACCUCAGAAAGGGAAGAAGAAAGAUUAGAAGUUUCAGCACGUCGUGCUGCACCUGGAGCUCAUUGUCAUGAUCGUCGAGCACAUAAUUCAUCCAUAUACUAUAUACCCUGAGAAUCUGUCAUAGUUUUCGCUGAUUUCAAAAUUUGGAUUGAUCCAUCAGUUCCAGAAUUUUUCAUUUUAACAUAUAGUCUCAGUAUGGUAUUUUUAUUUAUUUUUUACCUAAAGUAUGCUAACACAGGUGUAACAAUUUCUUUUGGUAAAAAUAUGCUCAUUAGGGGACUUCUUGUGUUGAAGUCACCAAUAUUAUUUUUCUAGUCAUCAUCUGUUGUUAUAGUUGUGCAAUAGUUGAGGUAUGUGUUGUCUCCUUA